AUGUCUAGAAACGGUCUCAACGAGCAUGUAACUCUUUCCUCUCCAAGCCUCAUGCAUCUUGCACUGGCCGUGGCCAUUAACAAAUCAAAGCCUAGAGAACUCACAAUUGAAGAAUACCUGUCUUUGCUUCACCAAGCGGUUAUCCCUACCAUAGUUGACGAAAGUCCAUUCACCCAUGACAUCAACCUCAGCGUUUUUUGGAAGAAAGCCUAUGAGAAAUCGGAGACACGGAGACUUGAGGUUUUGGACGAUCUCAAUUCUAUCAGAAAUGCUCCUGACUUCAGCCACCAUCGAAAUAGGUCAGCGACGCCUACGACCAGAAAGAGAAAGACCACUGUAUCUCAACCCUCCACCACAACAAAGCAUUCCCGGCCCAGCGAGGUUAAACCCCUUUCUGGUCUACGACGAGACAUCGUAGAUGAAAUUCAAAAUAGCAGCCCUUCUGCCAGUCAACUACUCAUCCGUGCAAUUUAUUCCCUCAAUAGCGCUCUCCGUGCCGACCAUCCAGAUCGAUCCCAAAUCACAGCAUCAUUUAAAAGCCUUUCUAGUGGUCUCUCUGCCAGUUUCAACCACAAGCCUCCGCCUCGAGAAUCCCGUCUCCCUAUCCAUGCACGUACCGGGGAGAUAUGUGCUCUCUUUGAGCGCAUUUAUCCUUUUGCCCUGCGAGUGAUGCAAUAUGCCAUGUUAGGUGACGAUGAUCUGCAGCCGUGUGUUGGCGUCAUCGACCUGGUUGCAAGCUUCCAAACUUUGCUUGGACAAUUACACAAACUUGCCUUGGAUCGGUUUGACCUGCGCAAGAGAAACAGCAGAGGUGCUUCAUCGAGCCAAAAAAGGGGUCCAGGAGCUCAAAAGGGCUCGGCAAUCAAUCACAUGGAUGAGAAGAUGCAGGCGGACACAGAACACGUGCUGGAUGUGUUGACCAUCAUGUUCACCGCUCUGGAUGUUAGCAAGAAGCCGCAAUGUCAACUUCUUGAAGGGCUUUUAUCUGCACUACUCGAUCAUAUAGGGUCUUCAUUGGCCUUGCUUGUCUUUGGAGGCGACGAGUCUACCACAGGAGACCAAGAUGGGAUUUGCCCUCCAGUUGGACUUUUGCAUGUGGCCCAUCUCGAUGCUGAUGAUGCUAAAGGUGCUGCAAGGGUGGAGGGACCAUAUCUGAUUUCGCUUUUACGAACCGCGGUCGACGUCGCACAGAAAAGAACGACGACGAUGCCCAAAGAUUGUAUUCAAUGGUUCCUGCCGGGAGGAAAGGCGGCCAAGAACAACGUCCAGCUACUGGUCGUAUUGAAGGAGGCGCUUCAAAAAACGUUACUCCGCGGAGUGUUUGGUGAGGAUGAUGACACGUUUGCUGAGGGUGCCUUGAGAAGAUUUGAAGAGGAGUCAGACGAGUCAGACGAUGAGAAGACUCGAGUGGCAACGGUUGAGCAACAUGAAGAAGAGGCGGAUGACUGGUUUGUUGGACAGCUUUGGGAAUACCUCGGUUGGGACAUUUUGUCCUGUCGCCAAAUGGCAAAGGGUUGA